AUGAGUAGUAACAACCAGCAACCCGAGCCUCCCCGCCAUUGGCAUGGUGACAUUGGCAAUCGUCACGAGCAUCAUAAUGUUUGGGUAAGAGGCGGUCCUGCGCAGGCCUACCAGGGCCGGCGACCCUCUAUGACUGAGGCUGUCAACGCCAUGGCUGAUAGACGUGACUCCACAUCUUCAUCAACUUCUGCGAAUAACAACAGUCCACCCAUUGCUCCAGAGAGAAGACGAUCCAGCGGCCACGGACCGUCGACUCUUUUCGAGAGUUUGACGAGUCAGAAGCGGAAUUCGACCGAUGCAGCUCGUCGGGCAAGCUACCAGGAACAAUCUCAGCAGGGUGGCUUUUUCUCGAAAUGGUGGGAGGGAUAUACGCGUGGCAAUUAA